UGGGCCCGCCCGCCGCGCCGAGAGCAUGGCCGGGUUCGCCGACCUAAACCUGCCGCAGGGAGCGGACAAGAAGUCCCUGCAGAGCCUGCUUGAGGCCGCGGCGCACCUGGGAUAUUCUGUAGUUGCACUUAAUCAUGUCAUCGAUUUUAAAGAAAAGAAACAGGAAAUCAUCAAGCCAGUAUCCCCUUCAGAGUUGUUUCCAUCUUUACCUAUUGUACAAGGGACAUCUAAAAGAAUUAAAGUCUUGACCCGGCUAACACUUGUUGUUUCUGAUCCUUCCCACUGUAAUCUCUUGAGAUCAACAUCUGCAAACAUAAGGUUAUAUGACAUCAUAGCAGUAUUUCCAAAAACUGAGAAGCUGUUCCAUAUUGCUUGCACAACACUAGAUGUGGAUCUGGUCUGCAUAAAUGUAACAGAAAAGCUGCCAUUCUACUUCCGAAGGCCCCCUGUGAAUAUGGCAAUAGAUCGAGGCAUUUACUUUGAACUUCUUUACACGCCUGCCAUCAAAGACUCUACUAUGAGAAGAUACACAAUUUCAAAUGCCAUCAGCCUGAUGCAGAUCUGCAAAGGAAAGAACAUAGUUAUAUCUAGUGCAGCUGAAAGGCCUCUAGAGCUCCGAGGUCCUUAUGAUGUGGCUAAUCUAGGUUUGCUGUUUGGCCUGUCAGAAGGUGAAGCAAAGGCAGCUGUGUCCACCAACUGCAGAGCCACCAUGCUGCAUGGAGAAACUCGAAAGAGUGCCUGUGGCGUGGUGUACACAGUGAAGAAGCCUCGCAAGGUGGAGGAAGAGGAAACAGCAGAGAAACCAGCCUGCAAAAAAGCUAAGACUCAAGCUUGAGGACUGAACAAGUUGUCAACUUGAAAGCCUCCAUCUCGUCUUUACCCAGUGUUGAGUCUUCCUCCAACCAAUCUUAUUUUUCCCUUACUACCUUGCUCAGCCUGCAGAAGAGUUAUUCUUCCAGCAUUCAAGUGAGGAAAACUGUGAAUGAGACUGCUGAAU